UUUAGUCUCUUCUCCCCUGCCUCAUCUAGAGCUCAGAAUACUAGCAAAGAAUCAAGUGGAUUUUAUUUUUGCGGAUUAAAGAACCCUGGAGGAGGGGGGGAGGGGGGAAUUCAUUCUUGACCACAAUAAAGAUGGCGAAAUCUGCUUCGUGCUCGUGCUAGAUUGGGGUUACGUAGACCGGCGUGCUGCAAACCAGCUCCGGGCGGCUCUGGGUAGGUUUGGGUUCUGAGAGCUGCAGAACACAGACUUCGGCUGCACACGACUGAGGUCCGACCUCCGUUCCUUCCUAAGAGCUUCGGGUUCUUCGGCCUGCCUUCACUCGUUUUGGUGUCCAGAGCCAGACUUUCAAUUUGCUUUGCCCCCAUGUGUACCAGAAACAGUGCUGCAUAGUUUGAACCAUAUAGGAUUGACUUUACAAAUGAGACAUUUAAGUUACGUCUGCUGAGAAGUAUGAUUUGAAUGAAACUCUGAUUUAUAGAAGUUUUCAGAUUUUUUAACCUGAGUUCUCAGCUGUCUGCAGUUACUCACUACCUGAGGGGUGCAUGGCCCUGAAGGGGAGGGAUAAGAACUGCGGCUCUUAGAUGCUCUGAGAACCCGCUACUGUAAAUUAUACCUAUGAAAUCAUUCAUGUGCUGGCAGCCCCAAAGGGAGCAUAAACCAGGGACUUUGAGACCAUGCAGCAGAAGAGCAAGUUAUUUCUCCAAGCUUUGAAGUAUAGUAUUCUUCAUCUUGGGAAAUGCAUGCAGAAACAGCAUUUGAAUCACUGUAACUUCGCUGAUCAUUAUUACAGUAGAAUAAAAUUGAAAAAAUGUCACCUAACCAAGUGUCUGCAGAAUAAACCCAAGAUAUCAGAGUUAGCAAGAAACAUCCCAAGUCGGAGCUUCUCAUGUAAGGAUUUUCUGCCUAUUAAACAAGAAAAGGAAAAAUCCCUUUCAGAAAACAUGGAUGCAUUUGAAAAAGUGAGGACAAAAUUAGAAACACAGCCACAAGAAGAAUAUGAAAUCAUCAAUGCAGAGAUUAAACAUGGUGGUUUUGUGUAUUAUCAAGAAGGUUGCUGCUUGGUUCGUUCCAAAGAUGAAGAAGACAAUGAUAAUUAUGAAGUUUUGUUCAAUUUGGAGGAACUUAAAUUAGACCAGCCUUUUAUUGAUUGUAUCAGAGUUGCUCCUGAUGAAAAAUAUGUAGCCGCCAAAAUAAGAACGGAAGAUUCUGAAGCAUCUACCUGUAUAAUUGUGAAGCUCAGUGAUCAGCCUGUAAUGGAAGCUUCUUUCCCAAAUGUGUCCAGUUUCGAGUGGGUAAAGGAUGAAGAAGAAGAGGAUGUUUUAUUCUACACCUUCCAGAGGAACCUUCGUUGUCAUGAUGUAUAUCGAGCCACUUUUGGUGAUAACAAACGUAAUGAACGUUUUUACACAGAAAAAGACCCAAGCUAUUUUGUUUUCCUUUAUCUUACAAAAGACAGUCGUUUUCUCACUAUAAAUAUCAUGAACAAGACCACUUCUGAAGUAUGGUUGAUAGAUGGCCUAAGCCCUUGGGACCCACCGGUACUUAUCCAGAAGCGAAUACAUGGGGUCCUUUACUACGUUGAACACAGAGAUGAUGAAUUAUACAUUCUCACUAAUGUUGGCGAGCCAACAGAAUUCAAGCUAAUGAGAACAGCAGCUGAUACACCUGCUAUUAUGAAUUGGGAUUUAUUUUUCACAAUGAAGAGAAACACCAAAGUCGUAGACUUGGACAUGUUUAAGGACCACUGUGUUUUGUUCCUGAAGCACAGCAAUCUGCUUUAUGUUAACGUGAUUGGUCUGGCUGAUGAUUCAGUUCGGUCUCUAAAGCUCCCUCCUUGGGCCUGUGGAUUCAUAAUGGAUACAAAUUCAGACCCAAAGAAUUGUCCCUUUCAGCUUUGCUCUCCAAUACGUCCCCCAAAAUAUUACACAUACAAGUUUGCAGAAGGCAAACUGUUUGAGGAAACUGGGCAUGAAGACCCAAUUACAAAGACUAGUCGUGUGUUACGUCUAGAAGCCAAAAGCAAGGAUGGAAAAUUAGUGCCCAUGACUGUUUUCCACAAAACGGACUCUGAGGACUUGCAGAAGAAACCUCUCCUGGUACAUGUGUAUGGAGCUUAUGGCAUGGAUUUGAAAAUGAAUUUCAGGCCUGAAAGGCGGGUGUUGGUGGACGACGGAUGGAUCUUAGCGUACUGCCAUGUGCGGGGUGGUGGUGAGUUAGGUCUCCAGUGGCACGCUGAUGGCCGUCUAACCAAAAAACUCCAUGGCCUUGCCGACUUAGAGGCUUGCAUUAAGACGCUUCAUGGCCAAGGCUUUUCUCAGCCAAGUCUAACCACCCUGACUGCUUUCAGUGCUGGAGGGGUGCUUGUGGGAGCCUUGUGCAAUUUUAAUCCAGACCUCCUGAGAGCUGUGACUUUGGAGGCACCGUUCUUGGAUGUUCUCAACACCAUGAUGGACACGACACUUCCUCUGACAUUAGAAGAAUUAGAAGAAUGGGGAAAUCCUUCAUCUGAUGAAAAACACAAGAACUACAUAAAACGCUACUGUCCCUAUCAAAAUAUUAAACCUCAGCAUUAUCCUGCAAUUCACAUCACAGCUUAUGAAAACGAUGAACGUGUACCUCUGAAAGGAAUUGUGAACUAUACUGAGAAACUCAAGGAAGCCGUUAUGGAGCAUGCCAAGGGCGCCGGUGAAGGUUAUCAGGCCCCCAAUAUUAUUUUAGAUAUUCAGCCCGGAGGCAAUCAUGUGAUUGAGGAUUCUCACAAAAAGAUUACAGCCCAAAUUAAAUUCCUGUAUGAGGAACUUGGACUUGACAGCACCAGUGUGUUCGAGAAUCUUAAGAAAUAUCUAAAAUUCUGAAAUGCUGCAUUCAAUGGGAGUUGGAAACACACUAAAACAUUUCAGUCUUAUUUCCACUUGGAUUAGCAAAA